CACACCUCUUGUCUUCACUUCGUUUUCAUAAAGAGUCUUUUGUAUGACCAAAGAGCCAUUUUCAUUUUCAAGGAUCACAAUAAUCGAUAAAAACUAGGGUUUCACACAGAUCGUGAUGAAGAGACAGAUGGUAAUUAAACAAAAAUCAAGAAAAUCUAACACGUCAUCUUGGACAACUACUUCAUCGGCGAUCAGUAACAUCCGUUACGUGGAGUGUCAAAAGAAUCACGCUGCUAACAUCGGAGGCUACGCCGUCGACGGUUGCCGUGAGUUUAUGGCCUCUGGCAAUGAAGGAACCGUUGAAGCUUUGAGAUGCGCCGCUUGUGGUUGUCAUCGGAAUUUUCACCGGAAGGAAGUCAAUAUGGAGGUUGUCUGUGAGUACUCUCCACCUAACUCUUGAUUUUUCGAGGAUUUGUUUCUCUGUAUUUGAAUUUAUCGAUUGAUUUUCAAAGGAGAAGUGAUAUAUAUAUUUGUAUAUGAUUAUUGAUGUGUAUUGCAUAUUAAAAAUAUUGUAUAUAAAUGGUUCUGUUUGUGAUAUUUAAAGUAAUGUGGGAUCGAAAGUAGAGUUGUUUUUGAUUUGGAGAAUGAUAUUUGAUUUUAUUUUGUUCGUUCAUCGAGCUUGUAGGAUCACAAUUCAGUAUAUCACAGGUAAGAAGCAUAUGAUCAGAAUAUCACACGAGAUAUGGAAUAAUUUGUGAAGGGACGGAACUUAGUUUUAUCAGUCUAAAAAUCAAAUACAAGUUCCAAUACAUAUGUGUAGCCUUCUGAUCUCUUCUUUUUCUUUGAAUAUUGAACCUAUGAUUGAAGCUUAAAUGUGUGACUAAAAAGAUUGUAGAAAUGUGUAUAUAGUUUUUAUUUUGACAAGGAAAAUGUAUAACAUGCAUUAGAUAUUUACAUUCGACGACAAAAAGGAAAAUAUGAGACGUUUCUAUUUAAUUAAGUUUCAGAGAGAAGUUUAGAAGAAAAAAAUGACAAGUUUCAAAGAAUGUUAAAAAGUCAUCUUACAUGUAAUAAUUUUACAAAAAAAAGAUAUUGUUGUACUUUUAGCAUUCAUUCUGGAGUCAUACUAUAUGUAAUCACGACCUAUAACAUAAAUGACUAAAUGAGUUGGAAAUAUGAGAAAGUUGAUGAUGGUAGCCGGAGGAAUAAGCCAUUUAACUCGAAAGUAGUUGAAUGACUUGAAUCUAUUCCAUUUUUGUUGGCUUCUUGAAUUUAGUUACAUUUAUGAUAUAAUCAUAUAAUACGUGUGUUUGAAAGCGUGAAGUUUCUUUGUAGAAUAAUGUACGCAACUUUUUAAUAUCACACACGGUCCACAUAUCUAAUCAUGUAUUCUACCGUCUAGGUUAAUGGGUUUUGUUUAUUUAUUAAACUCUAUAGAAUCAAAAGAAGAGGCAGAAACAACUACAACAAAAUAUUAAUGUAAAUCUAUGGCCAUGGAAAAAAGAUUUGGUUUGUGAUUAAAAUAUUAUGUAAUGGCUGCUUUUUCCAUUAUUUAGCCACUCGAAUUUGUUGGAAAAGACCACUGUAGUUUAAUAUGUAUAUUAUCUGAAACGGAAAGAGCUUUGUUUUUUUAAUAUUCGAACUCUUAAAACUAGAGCCUAUCGUGAAUCUCUGAACUGUAUACAUAAUAUAUUGCAAUUCAACUGAUAAACACAUAUCAUAUAAAUAAAGAGUAAUUUGGAUUACUGGAGUAUAUACUGGCAUUAUGUUACACGUAUGUAUUAUAUACGGAAGGUUUGUGUAUUAUGGUUAUGGAUAUCUCAACAAAGUAAGUACUUGACUCGUCUAGGUAAUGUACUUCAGUAGCAUAUAUGAAAGAAUGACUAUUAAUCAAAUAAAAGCUUAAGUAAAUUAAUUUGCCAAAUGUCUUCUCUUUCUACUUUAACAGGGAGCUUGAAGUGUAUGAAACUAAGACUAGAGAAAAUAAACAUUAGAAAUUAAAGCUCUGGAGUGUGUCAAAGUAUCGGAACAUCUUUUCAAUUAGGUGGCAUGCAAUUGUCAUGGAGAGCUAAGCUGUGACUGGUGAAGGCCCAUUAUUGGCCGAAUCAAUCCGUCACUCAAAAACCAAUAUUAAAGCUAGUCAAAGUUGUUUUAUUUGGGGUGAACAAUAGGCAUUAAUGGUUGAUGAUUGGCUCUUUCGUAAAUGUGCAACGGGUAGAAGACCCACUCACUAAUUAAUAUGAUUAUCUUUAAGGACUUUCUUUUUCUUUGUGUUGGUUGUUUGUUUUUGUUACUGAUGGACUGAUGUGGAGAUCUCUAGUGCCCAUUCAAAAACUAUUAGGUCGUUGAUGACUUUUCUUUA